CUGUUCAAGAUGGCGGCAAAGAUGGCAGUCGGAGUAGCUCCUUGGAAGAGCAGACUUUUGGUUGCUGUCUCAGUACCUGCCCUUGGUGUUCCUUUCUUGCAAACUGUGAAAGCUGGCUCCAUAAAGGUGCAUCCCAGAGAGUUGGAGAUUUAUGAUGAGCCAGUUGAGGUAUCAGAAGUCAAGCCAGACGAGGACAAAGUCUCAGCAUUUGAGGAGAAAGUUUCAAUAGCCAGAAGAUUUGUAUGGGGCUGGACUUCCAAAGUGAAGAAUAGUGUAGAGGAAACAAGAAGAACCUUUUCUUCAGUCGAGGAAAGAUCAUUAGAAUUUGUUCAGCUCCUGCACACUGACAGACAGUUUCAAAUGAAAGUUGGUGGAAUAACAGCAUCUGUGUUUGUCGGUGCACUGCUAGCAGGAAGAGGCCGUCGGCCAAUAAGGAGAAUUUUCUUUUCAUCAGUUUUGGGAACAACUGCAGCAGCCAUAUGUUAUCCAAAAGAGGCAGUUCUGAUAACACAAACAAAUUACCACAGACUAAAAACCUUUGCAAUAGAGCAGUGGGAGAAACAUAAUAAAAGACAAGCUGAAAGAGCUGUAAAGGAGGAGCUUAAAACUUCUGUUGAUGAAACAAAAACCUCCACAGCAGAAGUUAAAGCAGAGACUGCUUCAGUGGAUGAAGUCAAAGAAGAAGGUGCCUCAAACCAGAAGGAAAUUAUUGAGAAGCAAGAAACACAAGAGACAAAUGCAGAACCACCAGUUGUGUCCACUGAAAACACAUCCAAGGGAUCAUUCUGGAGUAAGAUCCCAUUUUUCGACAAGUUUAUGGGGGCAAAACCAAGUGAGGCUGAUGAAGUGAAGUCAGUCAAAGUGGCAGAGUCUGUUGAUAAGACUGGAAGUAGCAAGGAUCAAGUGAUAGUUCAAGAGAAGACAUCAAGUGAUGUGCCCAAGCCAGAAGGAGACACAGGGCAAUCUAACCCUGAAGACAAAGACAUGUACUCUACUCGCUCAUAAAUAGUGACAUCUCAUCAGCCACUAACUACAGAGUGACAUUAUUAACAAAAUAUUUUUGCUGAAGGCAAAUUUAAAGAAGAACAACACUACAGUUGUAUGUCCAGCUACUUUAUUAACCAUUGAGUAUGCUGUCUCCAUACUGAUGUUUAUGACACUGUUAAGGAGAAUUUGUGUAAUAAUCAAGAGCUUCUUUUUCUUCUCUUCUUUCAUUUCCUUUUUUCUUGUGAACUUAAGGUGAUAUUUUAGCAAGAAGUUCAAUGCUAGUCUUUCUUAGGAAUCAAAGGAUGGUCAAAUAUUGGUGUUUAUUGAAAAUCUAAGUUUACAAAUAGUUCCUUAAAAGCAGAUCUGCUUACAUUUUGUAUUACACCUGUAAAAAGUCUGAUAAUUAAUUUUUCCAAAGAGUAUUUGGCAGAACUUGAGAGCAGUUUGCUGCCUGCGCUUUAUUUUGCUCAGCUAAAUUUUGCUUUAUUAGGAAAAGAAAGACUACUAAUUUCCACCUCAACUAAGAUUUAUGUACCCUUGCCCCUUUUUUUUUACUUUUUAAUUUUAAUCAACAUUUUUCUGCUUGACCCCUUUGUUCCUUAGAUAAACAAUGAGAAAUGAGAUAAGGAAGGAAUAAAGAAUUUUUAAUAGGCA